CAUAAUAUGGCCAUGAGGACUCUCUUCUCAAAACGCACGGUCAUUCAAGCCGUCUUCCGCUCCUUUCCCUCAUCCAACCUCCAAACCCUCCACAGCUUUUGUUCUCCCGCCGUACAACACCCCCCGCCGCCGCCCCCGGCGGAUCCCGUGAACGACGUCUCUCGCGUGCUAAGCGACCGCCGGAACGCCCAUGACGACUUGGAACAUUCCCUCGCCGCUUUCUCGACGCAGAUAUCGACAAACCUGGUCGAACAGGUGCUCAAGAGGUGCCAAAACCUCGGCUUCUCCGCGCACAGGUUCUUCCUUUGGGCCAAGAAAAUCCCGGGUUUCGAACACAGCGUCGAAAGCUACCACAUUUUGGUUGAUGUUUUGGGAAGUAGCAAGCAAUUCGCCGUGAUGUGGGAUCUUCUUAUGGACGUUAGGGAGUCGAAAUGUUGCGAAAUCAGUCCCGAGAUUUUCUGGAUUGUUUUCAGAGCAUAUUGUAGAGCUAAUUUGCCGCGUGAUGCGAUCCGGGCGUUUAAUAGAAUGGUUGAGUUUGGAGUUAAGCCGUGUGUUCAUGAUCUUGAUCAGCUUUUGUAUGCUUUAUGCAAAAGGAAGCACGUGAAACAUGCCCAUGAAUUUUUCGACAAAGUUAAGGGCGGGUUUGAGCCGAGCGUGAAAACUUUCAGCAUUUUGAUCCGUGGUUGGGGCGAUUUAGGCGACGCAAGUCAUGCCCGUGAGUUGUUCGAUGAAAUGCUUCAGAGAGGCUGUUUUCUUGAUGUGCUUGCGUAUAAUAGUUAUUUGGAGGCUUUGUGCAAAGGAGGAAGUGCUGAUGAGGCUUAUGAGAUUUUUCGGGGUAUGAAGGAGAAAGGAGUUAGCCCGGAUGCGUGCACAUACUCGGUUUUCAUCCGCACCUAUUGUGAAGCAAAUGACAUUCACUCGGUUUUUCGCGUGCUUGAUCGAAUGAGGAGAUAUGAUCUCUUGCCAAAUGUCUUUACUUACAAUCUUAUAAUCAAGAAACUUUGCAAGAAUGAAAAGGUGGAUGAAGCUUACCAACUCUUGGAGGAAAUGAUCGAAAACGGAGUUAGACCAGAUUCGUGGAGUUACAAUGCAAUCCUUGCUUUCCAUUGUGAUCAUUGCGAGGUCCAUAGAGCUCUUAGGUUAUUGUCGAGAAUGGAAAAAGACUGUAAGCCAGAUCGGCAUACUUAUAACAUGGUGCUCAAACUACUGAUCGGGAUAGGGAGAUUCGACAGGAUGACCGAGGUUUGGGAGAACAUGGCGGUGAAAGGAUUUUAUCCUUCGGUGUCAACAUACGCUGUCAUGAUUCAUGGCCUCUGUAAGAAAAAGGGUAAACUAGAGGAGGCGUGUAAGUACUUCGAGACGAUGAUCGACGAAGGAAUACCACCGUAUUCAACUACAGUUGAGAUGUUGAGGAACCGUCUUCUGGGAUUAGGGCUCCUUGAGCAUAUUGACAUUAUUGCACGUAAAAUGGAAAGAAGCACUUCUUGCUUAAUACAAGAGUUUGCAAACUUAAUGAGAGGUGGUAGGGCUUUUAAAACAUCAAGACGUGAAGAAUCUGAUCUUGAAAGUGAGUGAUCAACACCAAAAAGUAAUUAGUUUGUCGUUUGCCCAGAUGAUUUGCAUGAAGUAGAAGUUUAAUUCACCGUUUGAUUUGUCUGGUAUAAUUUCCUAACCUGAAAUAAUAUUUUACCAACCGUAUGUAUAAUGCAUUUAGUUUCAAGCUAAACGAUUCAUUUUUCUUGCUCAAAGUGAAAUUGAUUAAUCACUGAAGUUUAGUUGACUGUUCUGAAUGAGUAUGAGGGAUCAAUCAAGGGAGGCCAAUCUGGAAACGUAUAGCCAAUCAAAAAUGCCUAUACAAGUUCGUCCUUUUUUUUUUUAAACCUCAAGAGUCCAAAGUCGGAGUCUCAGCAACAGAAGAGAUUCAUACGCCACAGGAUUUCUCUCCGAG